UAAAAUCUUUCGAAAUUAAUUAUUCACACAAAAAGGUGGUGAAUUCCCUUGUCGCUACAGCGACGGUAGUGCUGUACAACUUUUUGAAUUGCGUUCCAAAAAAAGCGCCACAGCCUCGUGCAGGGGAAUGCUCUCGCCCCCACAAUCAGAUUCAGAAGAGGAUCCUAGAUUUUCAAGAAGUCAACAAGAGGAGUUAUCAGUGUAAGGUGAACAGAAGCAAUCUGGUCGCUUCUUUCUAUUUGACGGGCAAUCACACCAGCUCCGGAAUUCGAAGGCCCAAAUUGUUGUGAGUUGAGUCAGAAGCGCUUCCAGAAUACCUUCAAAAGGUGAACUACUCUCACAAUCUGCGGCUGGACGUCAGCGAUGUCUGCGGCGCUUUACAGACCUGUUGGAAGCGGGGGUGUUCUCGUACGAAGCCCCGAGAUGCUAACAACGCAUGGCGCAACCAGGCACAGGUCACAACUUGUCCCAGGAUGGAGUACGCUGUGUCCAACUGCUCUGCAGCUUCCUUUUCCAGGGUUUGCUUGCCAGGUAAAAGCAAGGCCCAUCACCUGCAGCAAGCUUCCCCGAAAGCACCGGGAGCAAAGGGACAUUCCCUACAACGUCAUGGUUGUCACACCACCCCCCAGAAAGCUUGGUGUACAUCGAAUGCCAGUGAAUGUGCAUUGCGGGGAAACAUUGACCGUCGAAGAUGAGUACUACGUGGUCUCUGGGGUAAGUUAUCGUUAUAAGCUACAUAGAGGCCGUUAUGACUCCAAUCACAAGGAGUCUACAUUAGAGGUCCAGCAAACGUCCCGAUACGUCUUAAACACGUAUCUUGAACAAUUGCUGGAGAAAACCUGACGUUGUGUUGAUAACGUGUCCUGCCUGGGUCUUUCGAGUUGGGCAGAAUCGGAAGUUACUGUACAUACCUGUUACAGCAGUCUGUGGCUGUGUUCAAGUUCGUGAGCAAGCAGCUUUGAUUGGACAGACUGGUCAUGGCCAGAUCAGAACGUCCAUUUCGUUUCUCACCUCUCUCUCUG